UCAUUCUAAACCCUAAGUACGAGUUAGAAAUAUCAGUGAGCUAAGCUAGUAAUUGCAAGAUAUGGCAAACCCUAAGGUUUUCUUCGACAUGGCGGUUGGAGGCCAACCCGCCGGCCGGAUCGUGAUGGAGCUCUACGCUGACGUUGUUCCCAAGACCGCGGAAAACUUUCGCGCUCUCUGCACCGGGGAGAAAGGCGUAGGCAGAUCCGGAAAGCCACUCCACUACAAAGGUUCGACCUUCCACCGCGUGAUCCCCAACUUCAUGUGUCAGGGAGGCGAUUUCACCGCCGGAAACGGAACUGGGGGAGAGUCGAUCUACGGAUCGAAGUUUGCUGACGAGAAUUUCGUGAAGAAGCACACCGGACCCGGUGUUUUGUCUAUGGCGAAUGCGGGGCCGGGAACGAAUGGCUCGCAGUUUUUCAUCUGCACUGCCAAGACCGAGUGGCUUGACGGAAAGCACGUUGUUUUUGGCCAGGUGGUUGAGGGAUACGACGUUGUGAAGGCGAUCGAGAAGGUCGGCUCCGGUAGUGGAAGGACUUCGAAGCCAGUGGUUAUUGCUGACUGUGGUCAACUCUGUUAGAUCUAUCUCGUGAUGAUCUGUUGUGUUAUAGAUCUGAUGGUGAUCUGUGGUUUAAAUUCUACUCUUCUAAUUGUCGCGCAUGUCUAGGAGUUAGGGUUGGUUGCGAGAGGCUGUUCUGUGUGAGCUUUUUGUUUUUCAAUUAUCGUUUCAAAUGUGAACUGCCUUUCUAAAUAAGAUUAUGUUUGACGUCGACAA